AUGAUAAGAGAUGGAAGGACACGAUGGACGCAGGAAGAAAAUAUCCUCAUUGUACGUGUCCAUUUCAUAGCACAGGAUCUUCAUUUAACAACCGGAAGAACAUACAGAGACCUCCUCACAAACACCUGGAAUGACAUAAAUCCAGGUAAACAGUCCUACCCAAAUUUUUUGGCAAAUAGAGUCAGAUGGAUUUUCCAACAUGAGAAGUUCUCAAGUGUCGAGCUUGACUCAAUUAAACGAAGUAUUAGACCUUAUGCUCCAGCCCCAACUGAUGACACCAUAAAUAAAGACACACAGCACCCCGAACUUCAAGCACCAACAAUACCUACAAUAGCGCAGCGGAUUUUUCAGAAGAAUAUACAGAUGUAUGCUGGAGUCUCCCUCCACCAAAGGCCCAAAAUUCCGAGACAAAAAGGAUCUCGGGUAAUACUCGAGAGUAUAGAUAAGGUAAACCUCAUAUUAACAUCUAAGAUAAAUCCCAAGUCAACUCUUGAAGAAGUCAUAGAUUACGUGUACGCUGGAGCGAUGACUGUGUGCGAGGAAAACGGUAUUCGUGUGAUUCGCACACAACUUAACCCAGGAGGAGAUAGUACGCCACCGUGGAAAAUGAGCCUGGAAAACAAAAUAACAAAAAUUAGAACUAAAAUUGGAAAAUUACAUACUUACCUGAAUGCUAUUUUACCAAGCAAGAAAAUGACCAAAAACAUAAGGCGCAUAGCAUCGGAAUUUCACAUCAGAAGCACCAAUGAGCGAUUUAAAGAAGAACUCACCAUUCUUUAUGAUACCCUGAAACAAAAAGUAAAAGCGUUAGGGCACCGUGUAAGGCGAUACAACGAAAGAGUCACACGUUACAAAAACAAUCAACUCUAUUAUAAAAAUCAAAAACAAUUCUAUAGACAACUUGAAGGAACAACAGCAACUGAGGGAUGCUAUCCAAUACCCAAAAGCAUGCACGAGACGUGGAUGAAGAUCUGGGAUCAUACAGGUGAACAUGAUGAUGAGGCUCCCUGGAUCCGGGAAGCUGAAAGAGAAUAUGAAAAAUACAUCAUGGAAGAAACCGUAAUCACUGUAGAUGACAUAAAAGCUGCACUAAAAACAGCCAACAAUUGGUCUGCACCGGGACCUGACGGAAUUCACAACUACUGGUGGAAAUACUUCAACUCUACGCAUAGGAAAUUAGCCGAACUAUUUCAGAAAGCACUAAUAGACCCAACACACAUUCCUCCGUCCUGCACACUCGGCACCACCCACAUGAUACCAAAAGGAACAAGAAAUGAAGACGCAUCAAAUUACAGGCCAAUUACAUGCCUACCGGCAAUUUAUAAAAUACUCACUGGAAUUUUGACACAGAGAAUAUGGAAACACGUGAGUAAACACAACAUUCUAGCCACACAACAGGGCGUAUGCCGGAGGGAUGUGAAAGGAUGCAAAGAGUUGCUAAUUAUAGACUCUAUAAUAACGAAGCAGGCAAAGAAGAAACUUCGAAACCUGUCCAUGGCGUGGGUUGACUACAAAAAAGCCUUCGACUGCUGA